GCGUUUGUUGUUCUUCCUUCAGAUCCGCAGGUCCUUUUGGAGGUCUAGUCGGGACCAGGUCAGGAGGUCUAGUCGGGACCAGGUCUAGUCGGGACCAGGUCAGGACGGUCCACCUCGCCGUCUGGAGGUCUAGUCGGGACCAGGUCAGGACGGGUCCACCUCCUUACCGACCGUAACUCUUAACUGUCUUCUCUGCCCCCGAAUGCAGACCUCCAGGGAUGCCCAAGGACAAGUAUGAACCCCCCGACCCUCGCCGCUGUUACUCCAUCAUGUCUGCUGAGGACGCCUCCAGCGGGAAGAGGAGCUACUGGGCCGAGCUCGAGAUAUCGGGUCGUGUGCGGAGUCUGAGCAGUUCUCUGUGGUCGCUGACCCACCUGACGGCGCUGCACAUCAACGACAACAACCUGAGCCGCCUCCCGCCGGAGAUCUCCAAUCUUCCUCACCUCGCCUACCUCAACCUCUCCUCCAACAAGCUGCGCAGCCUCCCGGCGGAGCUCGGAAACAUGGUCUCUCUCAGGGAGUUGUUGCUCAACAACAACCUGUUACGGGUUCUGCCUUAUGAACUGGGACGACUCUUCCAGCUCCAGACUCUGGGACUAAAGGGUAAUCCGUUGUCCCAGGAUAUCCUCAACUUGUACCAGGAACCCGACGGCACCAGGAAGCUCCUCAACUACAUGCUGGAUAAUCUAGCUGUGCAUCCUGAACAGCUUCCCCAGAGGCCUUGGAUCACUCUGAAGGAGAGGGACCAGAGCGUCCCUACAGCGGUGUUCACGGUCAUGUGCUACAACGUGCUGUGUGAGAAGUAUGCCACGCGGCAGCUGUACGGCUACUGUCCCUCCUGGGCUCUGAGCUGGAGCUACCGCAGGAAGGGCAUCAUGGAGGAGAUCACCAGCUGCCACGCAGACAUCAUCAGCCUGCAGGAGGUGGAGACGGAGCAGUACUACACCCUGUUCCUGGACACGCUGAAGGAGCAGGGAUAUGACGGAUACUUCUGCCCAAAGUCUCGUGCCAAGCUGGUGUCCGAACCCGAGCGCAAGCACGUCGACGGUUGCGCCAUCUUCUUCAAGACACAGAAGUUCACUCUGGUGCAGAAACACACUGUAGAGUUCAACCAGGUAGCCAUGGCUAACUCGGAGGGGUCAGAGAUCAUGCUCAACAGGGUGAUGACCAAGGACAACAUCGGGGUCGCCGUGCUCCUGGAGGUCAACAAGGACAUGUUCUCAGGCGGUAUGAAGGCUCCACCCGAGAGGCAGAUGAUCUUGGUUGCUAACGCCCACAUGCAUUGGGACCCGGAGUUCUCUGACGUCAAGCUCAUCCAGACCAUGAUGUUCCUCUCUGAGCUCAAGAGCAUCGCUGAGAGGGCUGCCACUUCCCUAACCUCUGACCCCGCAACCAUCCCCAUCGUCUUGUGUGCCGACCUCAACUCCCUGCCUGACUCUGGUGUGGUGGAAUACCUGAGUAGUGGGGGCGUGGCCGAGAACCACAAGGACUUCAAGGAGCUCCGCUACACCGACUGUCUCACCAACUUCAGCUGCAACGCCAAGAGCACGCCCAACGGGAAGAGGAGCCCCGCAGACCGGAGCAUCACCCACAGCUUUCAGCUGAAGAGCGCCUACGACUGCAGCGCCAUGCCCUUCACCAACUACACCUACGACUUCAAGGGGGUGAUCGACUACAUCUUCUCGUCCAGGACCCACCUCACCACGCUGGGUGUGCUGGGCCCGCUGGACCCCCAGUGGCUCCAGGAAAACAGCAUUCUGGGCUGCCCCCACCCCCACAUCCCCUCAGACCAUUUCUCCCUGCUGGCCCAGCUGGAGCUGGCCCCGCCCCUCACACACCCCCUCAACGGCCUACACAUGCCUGUACACAGGUAGUGAAUCUAGACCCCACCUCCUUCUCCUGAUGUCACCUUACCACCACCCUGCUGCUACAGGACGCUGUCAGCCAAUCACUACUCUCCCCCCCGGACCCCCCUCCCCCCUCUACACGCAUAUACACACAAAUACACACACUCUCACACACCACAGGAGUUGAGUAUGGGCCUGUUUUGCACAUUGACGGAUUGUUUUUGUAUCUGAUUGGACAAUCAUCAUCCCGUUGUCAUGACACUGGAUGUUCAUGUGGGAUUCUGUUGCCUUGGUAACCAGCAUCAUCUCUCAGUUCAUCCUCCUGCGUCCUAGGAGCCCAAGUUCAUGGGGUCACCACCAGUAGAUGCAGCUGUUCUUGUGCAUCCUGGUGUGUUAGGGCGCGGAUUAGGUUCCUGAUUCCUAGACGUCUCUAAAGUACUUGACCCUUAUCUUUCAUCUACCAUGGCAAGCGCUUCCUUCGUUUUGCUUAAAUUAAAUGAUGUAAUUUAAGGAUUUGUGUGUAUAGAUGUAUAGAUAUAUCUAUAUAGAUAUACUGAUAUCGAUACAGAUAUAUAUCUAAGAGAGAUAGAUUGAAGGAUAGAAUUUUUUAUAUAUAUAUAUAUAUAUAUAUAUAUAUAUAUAUAUAUAUAUACACACACACACACACAGUGCUGCUAUGGCAAUCACUAUUAGCUUUAAAAUGAGCUUCCUGGCAGCUCAUUGGCCAAAGGGUCUUCUGACCAGGAGGUGAAGAGUUUAAACCAGGAAAUGAGGACUGAGUCUUGUAACAGGAGGUUAAGAUUCUAAACCAGGAGGUUAAGUGACUUCUAGCCAGGAGGUAGAGCGUCUUCUAAAGAUAAUUUAUUGAAUUGAGAAACAAGAGAUGGGAGACUGUUCCCUCCUGAUUUAUGAAUGUAUGCAGGUUGGUGGAGGUUGGCGGUAACCGUAGGUACCGUAAAAUAACCUGAGAAUGGCUGCAUCUGCCCAACCUUGACCUGUUCGCACGGUAACUCAGGGCCUACUCCCAGUGGUGUCUUCAACCAACAGUGACCGUCUAAGGAUCUCUACCAGUACACCAUUGAACCCAGCAUCUGGUUUCAAAACCAGAUAUAGACCAACACCUGGUCUCAUAACCAGAUCUAGACUCACACCUGGUCUCCAAACCAGAUCUAGGCUCACACCUGGUCUCCUAAACAGAUCAUGACUCACACCUGGUCUCCAAACCAGAUCCAUGCUGACACCUGGUCUCCAUCUAGAUCUAGAAAAACACCUGGUUUACAAACCAGAUCUAGAAUAACCCCUGGUUUACAAACCAGAUUUAGUCAGACUCAAGUUUUCCAAAUGUACACAGAGGUCUCCAUUACAGAUUAUUACUUACACCAGAUUAUACAAAAGAUGUAAACCGAAAACAGAUCUCCACACCACAGUUAGACUGACUCCAGCUCUCCAACCUAACUUCCCCUAACCAGAGAUUUGAGAUCAGAUCUCAAAACCAGAUUCUCACCAAGACCAAAUCUCAGAACCAGAUUUACAUUGACACCAUAUCCACAAAACAGAUUUACACUGACACCUGAUAUCCAUGAAAACGUGCAAUAUAUCCUGCAUUUGAUCCAAAACUAGCCAUAAUACUUUCUCCCCACCUGACCUUAAAAUGUGAACUUUGUUCAAAACUCUUCAAUCCAGGGGGCCAAAGGAUUCAUGCUCUGCUUUAAAUUGCACACUGAUUGUUUUUGUUAGCAGGUGGUUCAUAACGAUACAGCAGCUAAAUGUAGCUUGUGUUUUAUGUUAGCAUAGAGCUUGCGUUUCAUGUUAGCAUAGUUAGCUGUGGCUAUGGCUAAUGUUUCAGCUGCUGCCAGGUUAACCCUUGAGGCCAGCCCUCCAGGCCUAUACCCUACUCCCUAAAGCCACUGAGUCGUGUUAAGUGAAGCUUGUUUCAUCUGUACCCUCCACCUGCCAGGGAACCGACUGACAGCCACUGUUUUUUUAUCUUCUUGAUGAUCUCAAUAUCCACCAGAGGCUGAGAGAAAGUUCCUAUCCAGACCAAAUGGUCAUAAAUCCAAAUUCAGCUGAUACUUUGUACAAUUCAACACCACUUUUGAAAAACAUCACUACAAAAGAUAAACAGAAUUGUUGUAGAUUGCAAAGUAAA